AUGUUCAAAUUUACCGCCGUACAAGGGGAUCACAGUAUUGCCAAUUUGAAUUAUUACUUGAUAGAAAGAGUAAGUAGCUUCAUAAAUUUUGUGCAACAUCACCGGUUUUAUUGGUCCGUAGGUCCGUUAAUUAAAAUAUUUACAAUUGUUUCAGUGUUUGGUAUUGUUAGACGUUCCUUUGGUUCAUAUUUGAUAAGAAGAAAGUCUACAAUGUCGUCAAAGCCCUUGAGUGUAGAAACAUUGUCGGAACUGAGAAACAAGUUCUAUGCGGACCCCAAGAAUGAACUGGCUCAGAAUGUGUGCACCCGUUUUGACCCAUUCGAAGUGGCUAUCAGCAAACGGAGACAGGAUAGCCAGCUCCACGUGUAUAACAUCAAGAUAGAAUCAGAAGGCAAGCCGGUAACCAACCAGGAGAGCUCCGGGCGCUGCUGGCUAUUCGCGGCCCUAAACGUCAUGCGGCUACCGUUCUGCAAGAAAUACGCCAUCGACGACUUCGAAUUCUCGCAGAGCUACCUUUUCUUCUGGGACAAGAUCGAACGUUCCCACUACUGGCUGAACAAUAUUGUUGCCACCGCAAAGCAGGGCGAGGAAUUGGACGGCCGGCUAGUCAACUUCUUAUUGAAGGACCCAAUAAACGAUGGCGGACAAUGGGAUAUGAUCGUGAACAUCGUCAACAAGUACGGCGUCAUGCCCAAGAAGUGCUUCCCCGAAUCCUUCAGCUCCAGGAAGAGCUUACAUAUGAACGCGCUCAUCAAAACCAAGCUUCGCGAGUUUGCAAAAGAACUACGUGACUUGGUGGCCAAAAAGGUGUCUGACGAUGACAUUCAAUCGACCAUCAACCGGCAGAUCGGCGUCAUCUAUCACAUCGUUGCCACCUGUCUGGGAACUCCCCCAGAGAAGUUCACCUUCGACUAUUACAAUAAAGAAAAGGCGUAUAACACGUUCGGCAGCCUCACCCCCAAGGAGUUCUACGACAAACACGUCAGGCCGUUGUUUGAUGUUGACGAUAAGGUUUGCCUGGUGAGCGACCCUCGUUCCAGCAACCCGUUCGGGAGGCUGUUCACCCUGCAGUGCCUCGGCAACGUGGUCGGCGGCCGCCAGACCGCUUACAACAACCAGCCCAUCGAGACCCUGAUGCAUGUGGUGAAGGACAGUAUAGCGGGCGGCGAGGCGGUGUGGUUCGGCUGCGAGGUCAGCAAGCGCUUCGAGCGGAAAAAUGGCCUCGAGGACCUAGACGCGCAUGAUUACAAACUGGUGUUCAACACGGAGGUGCAGAUCGGGCUGCAGAAGGCGGACCGACUCCAUUAUGGGGAUUCGUGCAUGACGCACGCCAUGGUCUUCACCGCUGUUGGGACUGAUGAAAAUGGCAAGCCGACCAAGUUCCGGGUGGAGAACUCGUACAGCGACAAGGAGUAUGACAAGGGGUAUCUCCUGCUCACCGAGCCCUGGUUCAGGGAAUUCGUUUUCGAGGUGGUGGUAGACAAGAAGUACGUGCCAGCGGAAGUGAUAGAGGUGUUCAAGCAGACGCCGCAAGUCCUGCCGGCCUGGGACCCCAUGGGCACCCUGGCGUGCCCGCUGUGCUCGAAGGAAUAACACCUCGUUUUUAUGUGACCACCAUGGAUUUUCUCUUAAAGCCACGAUGGUUUUUGCUGAACUAAAUAGAACCUUAUUACAGAACAAAACAAGUCAAAAAAUGUCCCUGAACUUCAAGGGGUCUAACUUGCAUUCAGCCAAAACGACCUUAUGGUUUUAAAUUUAGAAUUCAAUUUUGAUUGUCAUUUCAGACGCGAUAUCGAGUCCAUACUCUAUAAGUUAUAUCAGAGGGUGGUCUCAUUUACGCAAGGUACUAUUGACAUUGGUUUUUGUAAUGUUAGCAUUGUCAAAUGAUGAUUAAUUCCGGAAUCAAACCGAUAUAUAAUGCUUUAGGGGUGAGCCGGGUGAGGAUGACUUUUUUCAGUCACAUUUUCAUAGUAAAGCUCAAUCCGCUGUAGCCAUACAAAUGUUUUUUUGGAUUUUCCAUAGAAAACAUCUACACCUGUUCAGCCAAAAUACGGUGUGUCCCUAGCCAUUGGACAAAGCCGAAAUGUACAUAUGCAUUAGGGUAUUUAGAACCAGUGUACAUAGUAUCAUAACAGCUGGUGUAGCGGUUUCGAAGAAAUUAACACAUUACCAAUUUUUACUUUGGAGCAGCCUGUAUGUGUUAGUAGCUCCUAAGGUGAUAUCCUCAAAGAAUAGUAUGGAACCUUCUUCAACCUUUUUGAUUAUCUUUUGACACUAAUAAGCUUCCGACUUUUGAAAAAUGUCAUUAUCAAAUAUUUCGAACAAAUUGACAAAAACACUGCCAAAGAUUAACACAGUGUGUUUCUUUUUGUUAUCGAUUAUUGCAAAUAACUUUUGUUCGAAAAUUUUAUUUUUUUAUCUUUUGUUCUAAUUAAAAAAAUAUUAACGUCAGAGCAUUCCUGAGAAGUAACCCUACGUGGGAUUUCAGGGUUUGUCCAAUGGCUAAGGUCUCCCUGUAUAUGAAAGCGCCAAAAUGUUCGCGAUUUCAGGGUUGAUCCCAUAAUAAAAGUAGCUCUAUUUAGCGAGUAGAAUCGAGCCCUGCAUUUAAAGCUCCUAGGUGGGAGACAUCCUGUAUAAAUGCGUGGAGGUCACCUACUAACUAACCCCCUUAUUCAUAAACGUGUACAAAAGUUACGAUGCCGCUAAUAAUAUUUUGUCCCUUUCCAUCAUACCAAUACCUCGGAAAGGGACAAACGAUUAUUAGCGGCAUCGUAACUUUUGUACACGUUUAUGAAUAAGGGGGUAAGCUUUUAACUGUCCAUCAGUGUUCAUGGUACGGAUGUGGUAUUAAUAAUUAGAACCACUUGUAAAGUUAAUAGAAAACGCAAUGUUUUGAUUAAAAUAAGAUAGAGGCGCAUAACAUGAAGCUAUGGUAGAUGUAUAUGCCUAAAAUGCAUUUAAGGGGCGUAAUUUGAAUUCUACAUUAAGUAAUGAUAGGGUAGAACAUUUUUUGGACCACGAAGUAUACGUAUAUACCGCUGCAAUAGCUUAAAUAACAUUAUUUUGUGCUCAUUAUAAAUAAGUAUGAAUAAUGGGGCAUUCUUGUUAUUUGUUGACCCGAUAUUUUCAUUACAGUUACACCAGGAUAAUGUGUUCAUAUAUCACGGAUCUUGAUACUUUAUUUAGUAUUAUGGUCUUAAAGCAAUAGUGAACCACUGCAAUAUACUAGUUACCUCAUACAGGCCACGUCGAAACGUGUUUUUCACAAAUGUAAUUUCGCAAAAUGCGCCCAUCUUUCACUUUUACUCCAAUUAAGGCAUUAGAGUGACAGAGAAAGAUGCCCGCAAAUUUGCGAAUUUCGGUGUUCGCGGUAGGGCCUCAGAUAUUUUUUUCUAAACAGUAGUCAUGUUUUGUGAAUGCGUAGCCUAAUUUAAACCUUAAAUCGGACUGAUAAGGUUGAAAUUGACAUAUAUGUCGUUAAUAAAUAGGGUUAUCAUUAUAUUCUGAUGAAAUAUGUAUACUUAAUAAUGAAUGUGAGAACCACAUAGAUGAUCAAUUUUGGCCUACCAAAAAAUGGUAAAUAAUCUUAACGUGUAUUUUUAAUUAAAAAACGCUUUUAAUAAAAUAGUAAAUCUACCUAUUACUUAUCCUUCAAAUUAACAUAUAUUUUAUAUAAUUUUUACAUACUUGCUGUAACUUAUUCAAGAGAUUAUUCAGUAAAAAAAUUCACGUCAAGAUUGUUAUCCUUUUUUCUAAUGCUAAAAAAACAAAGUAUAAUUAAUAAGUCUACGACUUAACUAAGAUAGUUAGGAUGACUGAAGGUUUGGCUGCUUGCGGCCGAUUUCCUAUUAGCAAAAAGAAUUGAUUGUAAUAGAGAGGUGGUCUAAGAAAAAAACGUGCCCCUUAGUUUGACAUCCAAAACAGAUGGCGCUGUACUGCGCCAUAUAUUUUGGCGGUCACUGGUUUGUCAAACGUCAAUUUUUGACAGAGUUACUGUAAAAUGUAUAGCAGUACUCCACCGAACACUGUCUAUGAUCGUAAUAUGAUAAGAUUAAUAAUUAUAUUAACCGUGCCUUAUCCAACCUCGACAUUGGCAGAAUCAUCAACACCUUGAUGGAGCCAUAACACGAAAAAUUUAUUGGAGCUGUACAGCGCCAUCUCGUUGACCUCUCAAAUUCGAAACAUGAAAUUGUCUUAGAUUUUACGCAUCUUACUCAACAAUGUAUCUUUGUUAUUAGGUGUGUGUGUACUAGAUUUAGUACCAAACUAAGCUACUACUAGAAAACUACCUUAGUGAUGGUUCACGCUAGGCCCGGGCCGAGGCGCCCGACACGUCAUUUUGUAUGACGUUUGAUCGGUGAUGACGUGGUGUUUUCCAUACAAAACGAAGCGCCGGGAACCCGGCCCGGUCUAGCAGGAGUCAUCCUUUACUAACCGUCCGAGUUAAGUGGUAAGCAUUAGCAUUGUGUUCAAGUUGAUCGUCUAUUACGGGCUUUGCGAUGCCGUGAAUUUGUACUUUUAUACAACAAUGUUUGUAAUGACGAGUUGUUACCAUAAUAAAGAUCUUAGCAUAAA